GCGCGGCGAAAGCUCUCGGCUCGCCUCUCUCACUCACACAAGCGCCGGCAGCGGCACGUUGCCCCUGUGUGGGUGGGACUCGCCAUAUUAAACAAUUCUUAUUUGGAAAGUGGAUAUAAAACGAAUUAACUAGAACGUGAUCUAGACCACAAAGAAACCCAACAAGUGCUCAAUACAGCUCUUAAAACAUUUAUAAACAAUCAAACUAAACAUCACAGUGAAACAACACAUUAACAACUAACACAACAGAGUAAAUUAUUAUAAAUCGUUCCUGUGCGCAACUUCAAAGGAGUAUUUCAAUGUUUGGAACCAACAAUGAGCAAAGGCAGGCAGCUCAAGAAUCACAAUCACAUCUGGAAUAAUCAAAACUAUAGAGUGAAGUUGGUUAUGGACUGGUUACUUGCAACUCCGCAGUUGUACAGCGCAUUCUCCUCCUUGGGUUGCCUGGAGGGUGAUACCUAUGUGGUCAAUCCAAAUGCAUUGGCCAUUCUAGAGGAGAUCAACUACAAGCUGACAUAUGAAGACCAAACGCUGCGCACCUUUCGCCGGGCCAUUGGAUUUGGACAGAAUGUGCGCUCCGAUCUGAUACCGCUGCUGGAAAAUGCGAAGGACGAUGCGGUGCUGGAGUCGGUCAUCAGGAUCCUGGUGAAUCUGACGGUGCCGGUGGAGUGCCUGUUCUCCGUGGACGUGAUGUACCGCACGGAUGUGGGUCGCCACACGAUUUUCGAGCUGAACAAGCUGCUGUACACCAGCAAGGAGGCUUUCACCGAGGCGAAGAGUACCAAGAGUGUGGUGGAGUACAUGAAGCAUAUCCUGGAAUCGGAUCCCAAACUGUCGCCGCACAAAUGCGAUCAGAUCAACAAUUGCCUGCUGUUGCUGAGGAAUAUCCUGCACAUUCCGGAAACCCAUGCCCAUUGUGUGAUGCCCAUGAUGCAGUCGAUGCCCCAUGGCAUCUCCAUGCAGAACACGAUCCUUUGGAACCUGUUCAUCCAGAGCAUUGACAAAUUACUCCUCUAUCUGAUGACCUGUCCGCAGCGAGCCUUCUGGGGUGUGACCAUGGUCCAGCUGAUUGCCCUGAUCUACAAGGAUCAGCAUGUCAGCACGCUGCAGAAGCUGCUCAACAUCUGGUUCGAAGCCUCGCUGUCGGAGAGUUCUGAGGAUAACGAGAGUAAUACCUCGCCGCCCAAGCAGGGCAGUGGCGACUCCAGUCCCAUGCUGACCUCUGACCCCACCUCCGAUUCCUCCGACAAUGGCAGCAAUGGGCGUGGCACGGCGGCCACCCUCCAGGAGGUGAGUCGCAAGGGCCAGGAGUAUCAGAAUGCCAUGGCCAGGGUGCCGGCCGAUAAGCCAGAUGGCUCCGAGGAGGCCAGCGACAUGACCGGCAACGACAGCGAGCUGCCCGGAUCGCCGGAACAAUCGCAGCCCGCCGGAGAGUCCAUGGACGAUGGCGACUACGAGGAUCAGCAGCGGAUCGAGCGCCAUGAGGAGGAUGGAGAAGAUGAGGACGAAAGGGAGGAAGAGGAGUAUCUGCGAAUGGCCGCAGCCUCUGAACCCUUGAACCUGACACAACAACCAGCUGACAAGGUCAACAACACUACCAACCCAAGCGCCACAGCGAAUGGAUGCCUGGGCAACGAGCCCUUCAAGCCGCCACCACCACUACCAGUAAGAGCCUGCACCUCGGCCCAAGCUCAAAUGCACCAGUUCCACGAGUCCUCCUACACGUCCCACGUGUCGGCGGUGAAACUGGGCCAGAAGUCACCCCAUUCCGGCCAACUUCAGUUGACCAAGGGCAAGUGCUGUCCGCAGAAGCGCGAGUGCCCCUCCUCGCAAUCGGAGCUAUCGGAUUGCGGCUAUGGCACCCAGGUGGAGAACCAGGAGUCCAUAUCCACCUCCAGCAACGACGACGACGGGCCGCAGGGCAAGCCCCAGCACCAGAAGCCGCCGUGUAACACGAAACCGAGGAACAAGCCACGCACCAUUAUGUCACCCAUGGACAAGAAGGAGCUGAGACGCAAAAAGCUGGUCAAGCGCAGCAAGAGCAGUCUCAUCAACAUGAAAGGUCUGGUGCAGCACACACCCACCGAUGAUGACAUAUCCAAUCUGCUGAAGGAAUUCACUGUGGACUUCCUCCUCAAGGGCUACAAUUAUCUAGUGGAGGAGCUACACACGCAACUGCUUUCCAAUGCGAAGGUGCCCAUUGAUACGUCGCACUUUUUCUGGCUGGUCACGUACUUCCUGAAGUUUGCCGCCCAACUGGAACUGGACAUGGAGCACAUCGACACCAUACUCACCUACGAUGUAUUGAGCUACUUGACCUAUGAGGGUGUGACCCUUUGUGAGCAGUUGGAACUGAAUGCCAGACAAGAGGGAAGUGAUCUGAAGCCCUAUUUGAGAAGGAUGCACUUGGUGGUGACGGCCAUAAGAGAAUUCCUACAGGCCAUCGACACAUACAAUAAAGUCAACCAUCUAAAUGAAGACGAUCGAGCUCAUUUGAGGCAACUGCAGUUGCAAAUUAGCGAAAUGUCCGAUCUGCGAUGUCUUUUUGUGCUGCUGCUAAGACGAUUUAAUCCCAGCAUUCAUUCCAAACAGUAUCUUCAGGAUCUGGUGGUCACAAAUCACAUACUCCUGCUUAUCCUAGACAGUUCGGCGAAACUAGGUGGAAGUCAAUCUAUACGCCUUUCAGAGCACAUAACACAGUUUGCCACCCUGGAGGUAAUGCACUACUAUGGCAUCCUUUUGGAGGACUUUAACAACAAUGGAGAGUUUGUGAAUGACUGCAUCUUUACUAUGAUGCAUCAUAUAGGUGGUGAUCUGGGCCAGAUUGGUGUGCUAUUUCAACCAAUUAUUUUGAAGACCUAUUCAAGAAUUUGGGAGGCCGACUAUGAACUAUGUGAUGACUGGUCCGAUCUGAUCGAAUACGUGAUUCAUAAGUUCAUGAACACUCCGCCAAAAUCGCCUCUAACCAUUCCCACAACUUCUUUGACUGAAAUGACCAAAGAACACAAUCAGGAACAUACCGUUUGCUCGUGGUCUCAGGAAGAAAUGGACACGCUGUAUUGGUAUUAUGUGCAGAGCAAGAAAAACAACGAUAUUGUGGGUAAAAUAGUGAAGCUAUUCAGCAACAAUGGCAACAAAUUGAAGACUCGGAUUUCCAUAAUCCAACAACUUCUGCAACAGGAUAUUAUUACCUUGUUGGAGUACGAUGACUUGAUGAAGUUCGAGGAUGCUGAGUAUCAGAGAACUUUGCUGACGACACCCACUUCCGGAACAACUGAGUCCGGAAUAGAGAUUAAAGAGUGUGCUUACGGCAAGCCCUCGGAUGAUGUGCAGAUCCUGCUUGACCUGAUCAUCAAGGAACACAAGUCGCAGCAUUUGUUGUGGCUGCAGAAGAUCCUGAUCGAGUGCUGUUUCGUCAAGUUGACCCUGAGGAAUGGCCUAAAAGUGCCGGACGGAGAUCACAUCAUGGAGCCGGUGGCCUAUCACUGCAUCUGCAAGCAGAAAUCCAUACCGGUGGUGCAGUGGAACAACGAGCAGUCCACCACGAUGUUGUACCAGCCAUUUGUGUUGCUGCUUCAUAAACUGGGCAUCCAAUUGCCAGCGGAUGCGGGCUCGAUCUUUGCCAGAAUCCCAGACUACUGGACGCCGGAGACGAUGUACGGACUGGCCAAGAAGCUGGGACCCGUGGACAAACUCAACCUCAAGUUCGAUGCCAGUGUGCUGGAGGAUGCCACCGCGUCGAGUCCUUCCCGAUAUCAUCACACGGGGCCAAGGAACUCGCUCAGUUCGGUUAGCAGCCUGGAUGUGGACCUGGGUGAGCCGGAGGAGCUGGCCCUCAUCCCCGAAGUGGACCCGGACGUGGAGAAGGCCCACGCCAUGGAAUCGACGCCUCCGCCCAGCGAAAUCUUCGCCGUGCCCAAGACCAAGCACUGCAAUUCGAUUAUCAGAUAUACGCCCGAUCCCACGCCUCCAGUUCCCAACUGGCUGCAGUUGGUCAUGCGCAGCAAAUGCAAUCAGCGCCCAGGUCCGUCUGGUGAUCCCAGCGAUUGCAUGGGAUCCUCGUCGACGACCAUGGACGAUGAGGGAUUGGGGAAGUCCAUCAGUGCGGCCACCUCGCAGGCGGCGAGCACCUCGAUGAGCUCGGUGAAUCCGACGACCACGUUGAAGAUCAGCAUGCUGAACACGUUUAUGGGUAGUCACAAUGAGAACAGUAGCAGUUCGGGAUGCGGGGGCACCGUGUCCUCGCUUUCCAUGGUGGCCCUGAUGAGCACGGGAACAGCGGGUGGCGCAGGAGGUGGAGGUGGAGGUGGUGGAGGUGGUGGAGGAGGAGGAGGAGGUGGCUCGUCCGGACUGGACAUGGAUGUGGAUGCCUCCAUGAAGUCCUCGUUCGAGCGACUGGAGGUCAACGGAUCGCACUUCUCGAGGGCCAACAACUUGGACCAGGAAUACAGUGCCAUGGUGGCAUCUGUGUACGAGAAGGAAAAGGAAUUAAACAGCGACAAUGUCUCAUUGGCCUCGGAUCUGACCAGAAUGUAUGUGAGUGAUGAGGACGAUCGACUCGAGCGAACCGAAUUCCGGGUGCCCUACUAUCAUUGAUCUGGUAUCCCGAAUACUAAAACAACCAACAGCUGGAUUGAAUUGUUCCUAAAUCAAGUGAAACGUAACUUUUAAUAUACUGACCCAGCACAAGGAUUGUACAUUUAAUGACCUCUAAAUGCAAAAGUAUACCUGAUUAAUUAGCUAACGCAUAAAGUGCAUUACUAUCUAUGGUUAAAGAUGAAGUCUAAGCAGAAAUUAAUGAGAAGUGCAUUAUAAAGUUUGGUUAAUAGCUGUGAGGCUCUGUAGAUUCUAUUCCUGUCAUUAGAUAUCCUUAAGUUAACCUUAGUUUUCAAUUGUAUUCUCUGUACACACUUACCACUUACCACAUACACAUACACAUAUGUAAAUGGGCAGUUCCUGGUUGAAAUAGUGCAAAUAUAUACACAGAUAAAUCUAUUUACACGAUUUAAGAAUGAAGAUUGAAGAGCGUCCGUAUCCAAAAAUCCAUCUGUAUGUAUAUCCUUAGUCAUAAGUUAUGCUUAGCAGUAAUAAAGCUUUCUCUGUAGCCAAAAAGCCACAAA